AUGCACACUGGCAGAUCUCUGCACCCUGGCUUGCUCAAGGACUACACGAGGGUCCAGCAAAGAGCGCCAUGGACACCCAGUCUGGGCACCAGCUUUCGGAUGCUCUUGCUGGUCCGUGUCAUGUCGGCAAUGUACUCGGGUAUUCCGGACUGUGAUGAGACCUUCAACUACUGGGAGCCUCUCCACCUCCUUAGCCACCCACCUCGCCCACUCGGUUCAUCUCAGAGCGCAUUUGAGACAUGGGAGUACUCCCCAGCCUUUGCAAUCCGCUCCUGGCUCUACCUUUUGCAAUAUUUGCCCGUCGCACGCUAUUUUGUCGGUCUCUUCCACGCGGACAAGCGCUCUGCAUUCUUCGCCGUUCGAAUGACACUCGCAUUCACCUCGUCCUUCUGCGAGGCGUCUUUGGUUCGCUCAGUCGCCCAAGUCGUCAAUCCUAGGGUGGCAAGGUAUAUGCUUGCCUUGCUGCUGUGCUCCGCCGGCAUGUACGAGGCUUCAACAGCUCUUCUACCCUCAACAUUUGUGAUGUACACGUCUACUUUGGCCCUCUCUUUCGCUUUCUACCCAUCGAGGUCAGCAAAAGAGCGUUUUCCUUCCAACGUCAACCUCCCAUCGACACCUCCGUACCGACUUCUGGGUGCAGUAGGGGCCUUUGCGCUCGGCACACUGUGGGGUUGGCCAUUUGCGCUCUUCUUAUCGGUGCCGUUUGUCUUCGAGGAAAUCUUUCUGGCGAGCGGCCUCUUGGUCUCGACUUCGAGGUUGACAAAUCUGUGGAUCGCAAGGACUAUCAGUGGAGUCAAGGUCGCCUCCGUCGCAGCUCUGUCUGCCGUGCCACUCAUCCUUAUAGACACGCUCGCGUACGGAAGGCCGGUCCUUGUCCCCGUCAAUAUCGUGGUCUACAACAUCCUUUCGGCCAGGAGGGGAGCAGGUCCAGAUCUUUACGGCGUCGAACCAUGGUAUUUUUACCUGCUCAACCUCACAUUGAACUUCGGACCAAUUCUGCUGCUGUCCAUCUUGAGCAUUCCUGCCCUUGGUCUCACCCUCAUCGUCGAUCGAAGACGCCUGCAGCCCCUCGAAUCAACGUCCAAAACCAUACAAAAGGGACACCCCGAUGGCCUUCAAGGUUCUUCGGAAGCGCUACUCCUGACCCUUCGGUUGUUGCCUCAGUAUUUGUGGAUGGGACUCUUGACGUCUCAGGCGCACAAAGAGGAGCGCUUCAUGUUCCCAGCGUAUCCUUUGCUUUGCUUCAACGCCGCAGUGUCAAUCUACCUUUUCAGAAGCUGUCUGGAACGGGUCUACACCAGGUGUACAAAGUCAACCUACAAAGCAUCUCGCACAAAGCUCUUCUCGCUGUGCACAGCGGCGAUAGUAUGUGUCUGCGCGCUCAUCAACGUCUCGAGGAUUCUCCAUGUCGCCCACUCGUACCAUGCACCCAUGACUCUCCUCGAUUUCUUCUCGCGCCAUGAGCUGCCUCGUGUUGUCGCACAACGCUUUCCGGGAGAGCAAACGCCUAUCGUGCGCCAGCGGAUAUCAGCGGGGCUUGAGCCUGUGCGGACGAGGGAGGAGAAAUUGGCGCAGGGCGCAAGGAUUCUCUAUAGCUCGUCUGGUGUAGAGGCCGAGGAACCAAGUGUGGAUCUCUCGCCGCUCAAGACCAACACUGGCAGCGCUGAACAAGGGGAGUCCAUCAGGCUCUGUUACGGAAAGGAAUGGUACCGCUUUCCGACGCACUACCUCGUUCCCGAUGGCGUCCGUGUGGACUUUAUCAAGUCAGAAUUCAACGGUCAACUUCCCAAGCACUUUGCGUCUGGUUCUACUGCCGAAGGUGCGACCGUCUCUCAACUCGGCUUGCUCGAUGAUGUGUUGGGCUGGGCUUGGCCCUGGAAAGGGAUUACGAGGGCCGUUCCAUCAGGAUUCAAUGACAUGAACCUUGAAGAGCCUGAUCGCUACGUUCACGUCGACACAUGCGACUACAUCGUCGAUCUCGAUCAUCCCCAUCGCUAUGCACAUCCUUCUGCGGAGCCUCCUCCGACAUACGAGCCCCGGUACGCCGUCAAUGCUGAUCAGUGGGACCGUGUCCUCUGCCUCGACUUCCUAGAUGCUGGCUCAAGUCAUGCUCCUCCCUCAUCACUGAUCUCGGACAAGAUCUGGGCGACGGUAGAACGGGCCUAUUGGCUACCCAAGUGGCUCCGGAAGGGUACGAAUCGAUACGGUGACUAUUGUCUUUUGAGGACGACUAGAAACGACAGCUUUGUUGCCCCCAAUCAAGAUCCUUUAAUAGCCGUCUCUUGA